UGCGCCUGUGGCAUUCCACGACGCGGGCGCAACGCCUGUCCGCCGCGCGUGGGUGAAAGUGGUUGUUUUGUGUGUGCGUGUGUUUCAAACGUCUAUGCUAAAGCAAUUGUAUUAGAAUUAGUUAUCAUUUCGUGUGUUCAUUAAUUUUUAGAUGAUAACCACUGCCUGUGAAGAUGAAGAUACGAUAUCCAUUCUACAUUUCACAUCUUCGGAACUUUCGUUUACAUCAAGAGGGAAUGUCCGUUGCUGUGGUUUGCCGUGCGCCACAGGUGUUGCUGGUUCCAAAGUGUAAAAAUGUGUGCGCAGAGGAUGGGUAUUAAAUUCCCCGCCUCUGAACGCUGAAUGAUUUAUGUGUCCAAAUUAGUUCGAUAAUAGAGAAACAAGAGGCGGACUUUAAACGAUUGCGGGCAGGUGUGUGUGCGUGUGAGAGUUCGAAAUAAUUCGUUAUGCUUGCUGAUUCAUUAAGACACAAUUGUUGUAGUUUAGUAGCAAUGGAAGGAAAUGAAAAAUUCAAAUUAUACCAUUACAAUAAAUAUUUACGAAAACGAACUGGAACCCCGAAGAACAGCUUCCGAACUCUGGUUCUACUAUUUAUGUUUGAAAUCGUUUUUUCUUCGUGCAGAGCAGGAUUUUUUGACGAGGCUAUUCUGUGCACAGAGGUGGGUGUAGCUCUGAUGGGAAUGAUUAAGAGGGAGUCUAUGUUGAUUGUUGGUGGUCAUGGAGGCAGAGGCCCCAGCCGCGCGACCAGAGCGAGGAACCUGUUGGCUAGCUCACUCCGUUGCUUGCGUGAAUUCGUGGGGCGAAUCGUGGUGUUGCGGUCACGCCUUUCACCGCUGUGCCUGGGAUUCAAAUCCCGGUUGGUUCGCGAGGAAAUAGUAGUGGAUAAAGCGGGAUUGCGGCAUUUAUCUCAACUUGCAGAUACUCAGGAUACAGAAAUUUCUCGGAAACUCUGCGCGCUUUCUGAACAGGGACUCAUCGUUACAAGUCUUUUCCGUGCGAUUUAUUAUUGGAAAGCGUUGUUCGACAAUGAUGCGGCUAUAAAAAGGAAGGGCGAAACACCGACACGCGUCCAAAUCAAGGAACAAAUGCCGGACGGUACUCGCUGUAACAGCAGCGGAUGUUGUUACACUCAGAAGGGUAGUGCUGUCAUUAAUCCGGUUACAGAAGCGAUGAUGCAUGAACUGACUGCGUGGGAAGGGAGGCGUUGGAGGCUGCCGGAGCGUCUGGCUGUGGGAUGCGGCGUAAUUACGCAUCGAGAACCACCGACUAUUGCAGGGUUGAAACCAUCUCAUUGUUACUAUAAAGUUAUACAUUCACCUGAACCAGCUGCGAAUUCCUAA